GUCUCUUUAAUUUAGAUAAACUCCCUUUAAAAAAUAUUCGGCAAAAUUACCUUAAAAUUAGAAAAAUUUCUUCCUUGACUUACACACUUAACUUGAAUCAAAACACACAGAAGGCACAAAAAACAACACAAAAAAAUAAUCAGAAAAUCAUGACAAACACUAAUAAAAGCAAAAACACUCGUCAAAUGUUGUUUAUUGCUUAUAACACAAUAAAUUAUCCAAUUUAUUAUGCCUUUCAAAUUUCUUCCCUUUUGCAUAAAACAAUUACAUUUAACGACAUAAUUAACAAUAAAAUAUUGCCAAACAAAAAACUUCCUAGUAAAAGCGAAAAAAACAUUCGGGGAAUUCAACAAAAAAGAAAACAUUGUUUGCGCUCUGUCUCACAGGCAUUAAUCUCACCAUUGAUUGUCCUUCUUCUGCCAGUGAUGAUUUCUGCUUCGACACAGUCAGCGUCUUCCUUCUUCGGCUCUCCAGGAGCACCUUUGAUCUUUUUUAGCGGCCGGCAUCAUUUUCAGUAUCCAUGGGGAGAACAAAAACUACAAAGGCAUAAUAUGAAAACCUUCAUCAAACGCUCAGAACCGGCACUGCCAAUGAAUGAAUGCUUACAGAACACUGCUGUCCAAAGAGCCGCUACUGCACUUCUUGCAGAUUUGCCUGCCACAAGCAUUUCAGAAGACAUGAAGAGGCAAAGAAGAGCAGAAACGGCAUUAACUGAAACGGGCGUUGAAUGCCCAAAUGAUGAAAAUAUUCGGGAGGGAGUGAUGAAUGAGGAUGAUAUUAGGGAAAUCAAACCGGGGAUGCCAAUGGAAAUGAGAUCUAUCUGCCCCUUCUUCUACGUUGAAAACGUCAAUGAAAGGCGCUUGCCUCGCCGAAUUACCGAAGUACGUUGCCUCUGUGAAAGACCACCAAGAAGGCAACGAACACAUCACACUGCAGGCAUCCACUGCGAGCCUCUUCAUUUUUCAAUUCCUGUACUUUUAUUUGAAGAUGAACAAUGUAGCGAACCAAAACGAUCUCUUGAACAAGUAACUCUGGGUUGUGUUGCUGUCCAUGGAGCUAGUAGUCGAAGCGGGUUUCUUUCAGCCAUUGGACAGCCUAGACCGCUUAUAGUAACUGAGCAACAGUUUUGA